CCCGCCGCCCGGCAGCCCAGCGCAGCGGAGGCGUCCGCGGCAGCAUCGCCAGGCACCCCGGCCGGGAGUCGCCCCGCCGCCCUCCUGCCAUGGGCCUCCGGGAGUCGCCCUACUCCAGCCGCGUCCUGGGGGGCCUGGACACCACCGCGAGGGCCCUGCUGUUCCCCGGCUACUGGUUAGCGAGCCAAGUGCUGGCCCUGCAGCGGUGCACGGGGGAGAAGGCCGGCUGCGCGCCGCACGGGCUGGAGGUGGCCGUCCGGGGACCGCUCCUGCUGCUGCUGCUGCUUCUCUACAGCCCCGUUUCGCUCCUGGCGCUCCUGCUCUGGCUGCCCCUGCAGGCGGCCCGGCGGCCCUUCGCCUACCAGCACACGCCCGGCCGAGCCCCUCCGGAGGCCUGGGCACUUCCUGGCCCGGCCAGGACCCUCGGCUUCCUCAGCGCCAACCUCUGCCUGCUCCCCGAGGGGCUGGCCAAAUUCAGCAACCUCUGGCGGACCCAAUGGCGGGCCAGGCACAUCGGCCAGAGCCUGGCGCGAGCAGCACAACGCUCCACGCCCCACUGCCCCUCUGCUGCCCCCAACGGCCUGCCAAUCCCACAGGGGCUGCUGGGCCCCCCUGCCAGUGUCCUGAGCCCCCCACGGGGCGACGCUGUGGUGACCGUGGAACUGCCCCUCAUAGAGGCGGUGGGGGCCGUGGCAGGGGUGUCCAGCAGUCCCCGGGAGAUCUCCGUCUGCUUCCCGCCAAACCUGGACAUCCUCUGCCUGCAGGAGGUCUUUGACCCCCGGGCCUCUGCCCAGCUGUGCCGGUUCCUGGGCCCCCAGUUCGAGCACAUCAUCUAUGAUGUGGGCACCUACGGCCUGCAGGGCUGCUCCGCUCUGAAGCUGCUGAACAGCGGGCUCUUCCUGGCCAGCCGCUACCCCCUCUUGGCCGUGGAGUUCCACUGUUACCCCAACGCCGCUGGCGAGGAUGCCCUGAGUGCGAAGGGCCUGCUGUGUGUGCAGGUGCAGCUGGCAGCUUGCCAAGGGCGAAGGGUCGUUGGAUACCUGAACUGCACCCACCUGCAGGCCCCCGAAGCCGACGGGCCCAUCCGGAACGAGCAGCUGAGCCUCUCCCUGCUCUGGGCGCAGCUCUUCCAAGACAGGCAUGCGCAGCCGGGGGACGUGGUGGCCUUCGACAUCUUCUGUGGGGACCUCAAUUUCGACACCUGCUCUCCAGGUGACGCGAUGGAGCAAGGCCACAAGAUCUUCAGCCACUACACCGACCCCUGCCGCCUUGGUCCUCGCCAGGAUAAGCCCUGGGCCAUCGGGACGCUGUUGAAUUCGCUGCACAUCUACGACGAAGCCGUGGCCACCCCAGAGAACCUGAAGAGAACUCUGGAGAAUCCAGAGGAGCGCAGGAAGUAUUUGGCAGGCCCCCUCCAGCCCGAUGGCAGCGCCAACUUCUCCGCAACCUGGUCUGAAGGACGGCGCAUUGAUUACAUUCUUUACCGGCAACACUCGGGCCCGGAGCACCUGAAGACCACGGUGGAGAAAGUCUUCUUCUUCACCCAACUGGCCACCUGCUCGGACCACUUGCCUGUAGGACUGCAACUCCGUGUGUCUUCGGAGGUGGAGCCGGAAGAGUGACUGGGCAGCCCCAGCAUGGAAGCCCCCACCGCCACCUGCAGCUGGACGGAUGAGCCAGGCAUGGGGAGCUGUCCGGGGCCCCUCCCUGGAGCUGGAGCGAGAGAGAGCCGAGCCAGGGACGCUGUGACGGCCCAGGGCUGUCAGGGGAGCCCUUCAGAGUUGCAGGUGCUGGAGAAGUCACCGACUCCAGGCUCUGCAGAGGGUGGACGAGAGCUGGUCAGGGGGGACCGUCGGGGCGAUUCCGAGUUCUCAGCCCAAGUGCCAGGACCUCUUGACCAGCCUCUCCUCUCGGCCCUCCUUGGAAGGACUGCAUGAAAAGAGACCCAAGGUCAGGCUGGGGGGCGGAUACGGGGUGGGGAGAGUGGGCGAUGGCCCCCGUGGCCCGUUCUGUACCUGGGCGAGGUUGGCUGUUGAAGGGCCGGUGCAGAGUUUGGGCUGGGGAACCGGAACUCAUCGGUUCCAUAUUUUCUUCACAAGCUGCAUCCUGAGUUUCAUAACUAUUUACCCAAACAUUGUCAGCCUCCCAAGAUAAAAAUCUGCACCCGCAGAUUACACAUCCUGCAUCAGGCAUGUAUAGAACUGAAUCUUUCAGUUCAACUUGGAUUGUUUCCAAGAAAUAGAAAGCCUGAAGCCUGAAGCUUUGGAGCAGAGCUGCCCUGGGCUCUUCUUCAUCUGUGGCCCCUUCCGGCCGGGUGGGGACGCCUUCCUUGAGCUCUCGGGGCCCCAAAGCGACCAAAUGUCAGUGGGGGUUGGGGGCGGCCCUCCCCCUCCGUCCCUUGUGUGCAGGAAGGCGCUUCCUGGUGCCGAUGACUGUAGGGAUCUUUGCUCAACCACUUGAGUAAACAUCUUUGUGAUUGACUGCUUGGCACAAAAGGCCGGUCUCUUGUGGGAAAGGGUGCAGCACCCAGGCUAGUGGUGGGGAGGGGGCUUUUUCCACUCUCAGUGCUUAGAAAGCCUGCAGGAUUUGAUACAGCCCCCCCCCUGCCCCCCAGGCGUUCAAGCUAAGGGCAGAAACUCAGAGAGGGGAGAUGCAAACUUUCUAGAAGAACGAAAGAUCUCUGCCUCCUCCUCAGACCUGCAAGGGGUGGGAAGAGUUCCAGAGUUUUCCUCUUUCUUUUGCUUCGCGCUCUGCUCUGCUGGUUUUUGGGGCUUUUGGGAACUCUUGAGCGCUGCCCCCACUUUCUUCCUGCCCGACAGGAUCUCUCCCAGGUUGCCUUCCCCCCACUGAAAUCCACAGCCCAGGAAUUGCAGGAGCAAUAGCAAUAGCAGUAGACUUAUAUACCGCUUCAUAGGCCUUUCAGGCCUCUCUAAGCGGUUUACAGAG